GUCGCAACGCGCCAUGCGCUGCCCGUGGCCGUGCUCGGUGCGAGCUUGCAAGCGCGUGGCUGUGCAGAGGCGCUGGGCGGCUCGCGCGGCGCGUGCGGCGCGGCCGCGGCGGGUCCGGCGGCGCUGCGGCGCGCGCGCCACGCCAGCGACGGGGACAUCCUCGCCGCUGCGCCGAGGCCCGAGUCGGGCGCCUUCUCCGAGAGCGAUGUGGAGCUGGAAGCCGCGUUGUGCGAAGAACGACCGCCGCCGUACCACGAGCUACAGCACUACGCUGCCGGGGACAGGAAGGAAACCGCCAUUUAAACGAUCGACACCUGUUAUAAGUCGCACCUUGUUACUCCGUAGCAAAACAAACGUAGACACAAUGACUAAUUAAGUUAAAAAGACAAAAAUAUCAUCAGCUGAAUUUGUGUAUAUUUAAUAAAGAAAAACAUUUUACUUAGAACGAAGCGAAGAAUAACAAACUCAAGAAUAUUACAAGUACCUUGACUUACUUGAUUGAAUGUUCUAGGUCCCUCAGGUGGGGCAGAAGACGUCCGCAAUGACCCGUCAUCUCGUCUUCAUUGGAUUACUUGUGUCACCUUGGGCCUGUUAACCCGAUCGACUGCCCUUCUGGCACUGCUGAGCGCCGCCACCGCCAGGGUUGUUUAGGGCGGCCACGUAUUCUGUUUUUUGUCAAGGUUCACUCUAAGGCUUUUUUAUAUAGCUAUGUAAAAGUGUGCUGGAUCCAGGCCCACUAUGGUUAUAUGCUCUGAUAUCUGACCGGAGCAUUUCGCGACAGAGUGCCAGAGGGUUAUCAAUAAUUAUGAAUGAGGUAUGUUCGGGCCAGAAAUUCCGUGGUAUAUCUAACACAAGCAAAUUCCAUUGAGAUUUGAAUUCGAAACACACUCACUAUCUAUCCAUCUAUACACUUGUUAUCGUUAAAUUUGUAAAACACCUACCUAGGGCAGAUUCCCCUUAGCAACAAAAUUGUAGGGGUCACUCUUUGUAAAUAGACACUUCUUCACAUUUACCAUUCACAAUAUUUAUUUCAAAAUGUCUUAUUUACCGUCCUGAAAGAGCUAAAGGUGUAUCACUUCUUGGAUUUUUUCAUCCUAGUACUUACAUCAAAUAUGCAGAACAAAAAGAAAAACAGAGGUUAAUUAAUUAUAAGUUUGAAGCCUUUGUGUACCUGUGUGUUUGUAUGUCUGUCGUGGCGUCGCAGUGCCCAAACGGAUGCACUGAUCUCAAAGCGGUUCCUUUUAUAUAAAGGCUAAACUAAUCAAGAUGGCUCUUAGCAAUGUAAUCAGUAGCUAACUACUGAAAGAUCAUCAGCUCUUUUCCCAGUUUAGUGUAGAGAUCUCAGUCAUAAAAUGAUUAUGUAUUCCACUUCCAUAUUACAAUAAUAUGGCCAUUGUGAUCUGGUACUGACACCAGGAGAGUCUCCAGACUACCCAACUCCUAAUCUAACUUACAGUAGAACUGUCGUGUUUGGGCUCAUCAAAAUUGACCUCGACGACUUGUUAGCCCACAGGUGGUACUUUAUUGACUUUUUGGACGUACACUGUUUUAUAUAUGGGUUUUUAAUUUUUAAUUAUCUGGAGCCCACUUUGUAAACCAGGCUUCUGCAGGCCGAAUGUACUAUUGUUUUGUAUUACCGUCUGUGGCAUUUCCUCGUAACAAAAUGGUCUACGCCAUCUGGUAACAGUUGACAAAAAAUUGAAUUUGCAUGGGUGAUGUUCAAGGUCAUCUUCACGGUUCACGUUUAUUUUGAGUUUCACACUACGGGUACAUUUCCGAGAGUCGUAUUCCAGAACUCUACUCAAU